ACCUCAGCCGCUCGUUGUGUAUAUGUAUAUGUGUGUGUCUGGUUUAGGUGUGUGUGUGCGUGUGUGUGUGUGUAUGCGUGUUUGUGUGUGGAAGCCUGAUGAAAUGAAAUGCCAGGAUUGGGCUACCUCCAGGGAGAGCCUCUCCAUCCUAUAAUGUGAGCCAGCCAGCAGCACCGUGAGAUCAGGGAGAAGCUGCAUCCAUCAAGCGACGGGCCUCCGGUGGACCAGGCGUGAUCCAACGGGAGGGGAGAUUUUUUAUUUAAAAAAAAAAUCUAUAUAUUCUUCUUCUCUGCCGUGGCGAGAAGGGAUUGUCGUCAUCACCCCCCGUCCAUCCUUUUUUUUUUUCUUUCUCUGUGGUGCCCCCUCCUUCCUCCUUCGCCUCCACUCUCAUUUUUUCCCCCCUCAUUCUUCUCGAGGCGCUCGUUGGAAUAUCAAACCUCCAUGUAUGACAAUUUGUACCUGCAUGGAUUUGAAGACUCGGAGGCGGGCUCAGCUGAUUCAUACACUAGCAGACCAUCAGACUCAGAUGUCUCUCUGGAGGAGGAGCGGGAGGUGCCGGCUCAGGUCCCGAGCCAGAGCCCAAGCCAGAGCCAAGGACCGGGACAGAGCUGCCAGGAGAGGGAGCAGCAGGCCACCGCCCAACUGGAGAGAGCCAAGACUAAACCGGUGGCAUUCGCCGUGAGGACCAACGUCAGCUACUGUGGCGCCCUGGAUGAGGAUGUUCCAGUGCCAGCCACCGCCAUCUCCUUCGACUCCAAGGAUUUCCUCCACAUAAAAGAGAAGUUCAACAACGACUGGUGGAUCGGCCGGUUAGUGAAAGAGGGCUGUGAGAUCGGCUUCAUCCCCAGCCCUCUGAAGCUCGAGAACAUCCGGCUCCAGCAGGAGCAAAAGAGAGGACGCGUUCAAGGUAAGUUUGGAGGGAACUCUUCUUCCAGUGUAGAGGACGAGGGCUCGGCCUCUAUCCGGCCCCUUAUAUCCUCGGCAGGAAAGCAGAAACAGAAAGUGACGGAGCACUUGCCCCCGUACGAUGUGGUCCCCUCCAUGAGGCCCGUGGUGCUGGUGGGGCCCUCGCUGAAGGGUUACGAGGUCACAGACAUGAUGCAGAAAGCACUGUUCGACUUCCUCAAACACAGAUUCGACGGCAGGAUAUCUAUCACACGAGUCACGGCAGAUAUAUCCUUAGCCAAGAGGUCCGUUCUCAACAACCCCAGUAAAAGGGCCAUCAUUGAAAGAUCCAACACUCGCUCCAGCUUAGCUGAGGUGCAGAGUGAAAUCGAGAGGAUCUUCGAGUUGGCCCGAUCCCUGCAGCUGGUGGUGCUGGACGCUGACACCAUCAACCACCCGGCGCAGCUCCUCAAGACCUCCCUGGCCCCCAUAAUAGUCCACGUGAAAGUCUCCUCGCCAAAGGUCCUGCAGAGGCUGGUGAAGUCCAGAGGGAAGACCCAGAGCAAACACCUGAACGUCCAGCUGGUGGCAGCCGACAAGCUGGCCCAGUGUCCCCCAGAAAUGUUCGACAUCAUCCUGGACGAGAACCAGCUGGAGGACGCCUGCGAGCAUCUCGCCGAAUACCUCGAGGCCUACUGGAAGGCGACCCACACCUCCAUGGCGACGCCCCUGAACCCCCUGCUGGGCCCCACCACCCUCACGCCCUACCCCACCACCAUCUCUGGCCUGCAGCAGAGCCAAAGGAUGCGACAGAGCAACCACACGGGGGACCACUCCACCCCGAACGAGCGGCGCAACCUGAUGACGACCGACGAGAACUACCACAACGAGCGGGCGCACAAGGGACGCAACCGCAUGUCGUCCGGCUCGCAGCACAGCCGAGAGCAGCAGGACCCCUACCAGGACUACCAGGACCCCUAUCAGGAUGCAUACAAGCCACAUCGCAACCGCAGUUCACCGGGCAGCUACAGCCAUGACUCCCGGCACCGGCUCUGAGCCCACUUCUGGCCCCGAUUCCCAAAUAAACGCUGCAACCGAGCCAAGACGGUCCCAAAUUGUACUUUUUUGUUCUUCUUUUUCUUUCUUUCGGUAUGCGUUCAUUUUGUAGAAGUCCAACGAAAAUCACGUUCAGGUGUUUAUUUUUUAUUAUUUUUUUAAAUCAAGCUGCUGGCGGGAGGGAUGGGGGAGGGGGGCGACCUCCGUCAAUCAACAGCCCUGAGUAGUCAAGCGGCCGACGUUAUAACGAAUCCCUGUUCGGGGGGGGAGGGGGGGAUAUAUAGCUCAGCAGACGUGCAGCAGAUUGUGCUCGCCCCUCAUGGAUGGCGGUCAAUUGGCGACGGCGUCCGGACGUCGCACCAGCUCGGUGGUUGAGUCCGCUGCACACAGACUGCUGAAGGCCGCUGCCCCCCCCCCUCUCUCUCUUCUCCUCCCCCCGGGCCGUGUAUAAAUAAACCCUCUCUCCAUUUAGCUUACUGCAUGCUGUUAGAUGACCAACCUCCGCAUCCACUUCCUUGAUAUUUUGUACCUAGCGUUCUGGAUUCUCUUCUAAUGUGGUGUAGAUACAGAGGUCCAAUUUUCUAAAUCACGUGCUUGUGUGGAACGGCGUCCCUGGUGGGUUUCGUGUUGGGGUGGUGGGGGGGGUUGCCUAGAUAAUAUCUGACUGCUGGUUUUUUGAAAACUGGUGCUUCACAUUCCCAAACUAUUUUGCUAUUCGGAGAAAAAAAAAAUCACUUUUGAGCGAGGCCAGCUUUUCUGUAGCGUAGCUUUAGGAUUUCAUUUUUGGGGAUGCCUCGCCGAUCCCGGCGGCGGCGGCGGGAUCAGAUCCCGGUCACGCCGCCGCCGGGAGAAGGGCAACCGCGGCUUCUGUGGUCAAACGGCUUCGCACUCGGACAGUUUAGAGACGGCGGUAGCUGAGGCAGUCCGGGAGGAUGAGCGAGAAGACGAGAGCAAAAUAGGACUUGAGAUGCCGUCAUGUUAUGUUUCGGCGUUUGAUCGACCGAAAAAAGAGCACCUGCCGCUGAAACCGAAGGUCGUUUUUUUGCAUUUAUUAGCAUCGGAAUGGGAAGCGUUUAAACUGAGUUGCAGAUGGCGGUGAAGUCAUGCGAUGGGUUCGUAGCCAUUGAAGUUCCUCCCUGUGGUUUUUCGGGGGAUUAAAGCAUUAAAUAUGUGACAUGGCGGGAUCGGUUGCAUCGUGUUCAUUCUCUGUGUAGCUGGCAUGUUGUCCUGACUGCAGAGCAUGCUCCCUCCAAACGUUGAAUAGAUUCCUACUGUAAGCAAGUUGAUGUUUGUAGAAGUAAAGGGCACAUCUCUCCAAAAAAAAAAUGAAAAAAGGCAAGAAAAAGAUGGCCCAAAUUUACAGAAUAAUGGUAUCUGCAGGUAUCUUGUAACUCAAUACACUGAAACAGGCAACUUGAAGUUUUGGUUUCUAUCAUUAUGAAAAUGACAGAUUGUCAGUGGAUUGCAUGACUCAAUCGUCAAAUUCUGGAUUAUGUGAAGAAAUGUCAAACAGCCCUCUCAAAAAUGUUCCUUCAGGAUUAAAAGAGUUUCCCUCACGGUACUUUAAAAGAAAGCAGAGAGUUUUUAAGACUUGUCGUCAUCCUCAUAAUACACUGUACAUAUCUUAUUACUUUAAGAUAUCAAAUUGUCUUGGCGAUACAGAUUCACUGGUUUUAUCUCCAGAGAAGCAGACGGAGCCUUGACACAGGCUUCACGCUGAGAGUUAAAACGAUGAAGAGCAUUUGCUUAUUUAGUCUUGUCAAAGGUCUUCCUUCCGUACACGUCGUCGUCCGUCUUCCCCUUUUUUUGGGGAGCGAGCCACUAGCUUUUCUUAGCGGGGACACACAUAUAGUCAUCACGAGAAGAGAAGAAGAAGAAAAAAAGCCACGAGAACGUGAGUUAUCUCAAGAGUUUGUCUCGUGGAGACAAAUCAAUAAGGUUUUUUUUUUUUCAUCUUUCGGAUGCUUUUUCGAUUUUUAAAUGGGGAGUUCCUUCCGGAAAGAUGGAAACCGAGUAAAGCGUGUGAUCUGAUUCAUCUGUUCCUCCGGCAGUGUGUCUUUGUAUAUAUACAUAUAAAUAUAUAUAUAUGUAUAUAUAUAUUUAUAUUUAUAUAUAUAUACAUAUAUAUUUAUAUAUAUAUGUAUAUUUAUAUAUAUAUGAACAAUUAUUUUCAUCAGUCCAGAAGGCUGAGGCUGUUUUUACUGGAUGAUCCUCUCAAAAAUAAGGACAAUAAAUGAUAGAAAAGAACUCAAAAUGGAUUUUGAAUUAAUUUGACAGUGUAGUCAAUCAAUUGUUUUGUUCCUUCCUUUUGUUCCAUCCUGAGCCAUUAAAGACACAACAAAAACACACUGCCAGGGAAAUGUACUUUUAUGAUCACCUGAUCGGCUCUCUGGUCUGAGACCACGUGUUGUCAGAAUCGUAUUCCCAGAAGAUCAAUAAAUACACAGCUGGAAGCAGGAUGCUUCCCUUAAAUAUGA